UUUUUCUUAACUGGAUAGGGUAGUUAACGUUAUUUCCUGCAACUCGCGCUUACUCUGGUUACAAUGGUGUCACAUAGGUUGCUAAUUUACUUGGACGUAAAUUGCAAAUGAAAGGAAGAGCGCUAGUUUCGUAAGGUAAAGCAACUUGGGGGGAAAAAAAAAGCAUUUGGAACAUCACUGGUUUCCUGCAGCUGAUUUUUGUUCAGACUUUUCCCCAGUGACUUCUCUCUACAUUUGAGUUAUGUCAAUAGCUGCACUUCUUUCUUUGGUUAGACAUGGUGGGAUCCAAGUGAGGAGGACAGCACUGCUAACAUCACGCAUUUUGCAAGAUGACCCGCAUCUGAAUCUGACAUGCCAAAGCUCCACCUCAGAACGUAGGACUUCACGUUUUGACCCUGACAGCAGUGGUAGGCCAGCAACAUGGGACACUUUUGGCAUUUGGGACAACAGAAUAGAUGAACCCAUCCUUUUACCACCAAGCAUAAAAUAUGGCAAGCCCAUUCCCAAAGUGAGCCUAUCUAAGGUGGGGUGUGCCACACAACAAGGGAAGAGAAAGGUGAAUGAGGAUAGAUACAGUAUCUCUCAGCUAGCUGAAAAUAUACUUUACUUUGCUGUAUAUGAUGGCCAUGGAGGAGCAGUGGCGGCAGAGUUUUGUGAGAAACACAUGCAUCAGUUCAUUCAACGGUUUCUGGCUGAGGAGGAUGACCUGGAGCUGGUGUUGUUCAAAGCUUUUCUGGAAAUAGACAAGACUUUUGCAAGUUACAUCCGAGCAUCCAUAGAUGCUUCUGUAAUUAAUUCUGGGACCACUGCAACAGUAGCCCUGUUGCGUGAUGGAAUAGAACUGGUUGUGGCAAGUGUUGGAGACAGCCGUGCCAUUUUGUGUCGCAAAGGAAAGGCGAAAAGGCUGACAGAGGACCAUACUCCCGAAAGGAAAGACGAAAAAGAGAGAGUGAAGAAAAGCGGAGGUUUUGUAGCCUGGAACAGCCUGGGACAGCCCCACGUGAAUGGUAGACUUGCUAUGACGCGAAGUAUUGGUGACUGUGAUUUGAAGCAGAGUGGAGUGAUUGCUGAUCCAGAAACUAAAAAAAUUUUGAUACAUCAUGCAGACGAUGCAUUCCUGAUCCUUACAACAGAUGGGAUUAACUUCAUAGUGAACAAUCAGGAGAUCUGUGAUGUCAUCAGUCAGUGCCAUGAUCCAUUUGAAGCUGCCCAAGUCAUUACUGAGCAGGCACUUCAGUAUGGAGCAGAAGAUAACAGCACUGCUGUAGUUGUCCCUUUUGGUGCUUGGGGGAAGCACAAGAACUUGGAUGCCAGCUUUUCUCUUGGUAGAAGUUUUGCUUCAAGUGGAAGAUGGUCUUGUUGAGCACAAAGUUUGAAACCUGAAGCACUCCUGCUUUAAAACUAAAUGAAACUGAAAAGGAUGGUGUGCAAUGAAAGAAUGCAACUGUGCAGAUCUCUCAUUUCUAAAAACGUUAAGCCACAUAGUGAAUAAUAUUCACUCCUGUCCACACUCACAACAUUACAUAUUUAGGAAAAAAAAUCAAGAACACAGCAAGCUGCAGUGUAUGUCAUUCAAGAUUUUUUGCAUUUAGUUGGAUUUGAUUGAACCUGAAUAUUGCUGUUGGUGGUUUUUAUCUGUGUCAUUGCAUUUUCUCCAGCCACAGAACAAUAACCACUAAACAGUGUUUUAUCAGCAAAUGAAUAGCAAGCUUGACAUUUUUAUGUAGUGGAAAGCAGUGAAUUGUUCUGUCUGAUCCAUUAGGUGUGUGCUAGUAAGAAAGGACGUGUGCAGACUUUUGGCCUUUUUUCUUCAGACACCUUGGAUUAGUUUAACUGCAUCUGUCUUCUAAUCAGAAAAGGGAAGAACUCACUUGUUACUUUGACAGUUUAUUUUGUACUUACAUGAACACAGGAGUUAUCCAGACUUGUACAUCCUUUCUGUACAUUACAGGUAUGACUGUGCAGCCAUAUAAUUUGCAGUUUUACCUGUUACACAUACAUAUAAGAACUGCACCCUCACUACCACCCCACAUUAGUAAUUGGACUGUAGUAUUUGGAAAGGAAAUUUGAAUAUUCACAGUUCUUCACACUUCAGGUGAAAAGAGCAGUUUUCCAAAUGUUGUCCAAAUAGACGUUACGCUUUUGUUGCGUCUUGAAGUCAGUUUGUCUUCUUCAAGUCUUGCACAUUUGUGGUUCUCAUUUUGCUUAUUAAGGUUUAGAAUAAGGUGCUGUUUCAUUUCACUGGCAGAGCUGGCAAAAUAUUUGUGCUAUCUUUCAGCUUUCUUCAUAUUUGGCACCUUAAUCCUGUAUUUUUUGAGGGAUGCACUUUUUAGAAUAUGUGUUGCAUCUCUGAGUGAGUGAAGUAAGCUGCUAUGUAAUCUGAGUUUCUGCAUAGGGCAUCAUUUGUAUUCUUUUGCAUUGCCCUUAACAUAAAACUGUUUCACUUUAUAAAUUCUGAACUGUGCCAGUAGUUUAAUUAUGUGCAGGUAUUGAGGGCAAAAUGCCACUUUUUCUGAGAUUGUUGACUGGAAUAGUCAGGCAUUAUUUGACAGGUAAAAAAAUUUCUCUUCCUCACUUGUUCCAUAUAUGUAGCUAUAUCUUAAGAUUCCAGAUGUGGUCCCGAUACUAAAUUUGCUGCAGUGUAGGAGAGGGGGGUGGUAUACCCUUCUAAAGUAAGUUAUUUAAUGCUUUUUCCAGAAGAGGUUGUUUUAACUAGUGUACUACACUGAAAUAAGACACUGUCUUUUUUGACUUCUUGGAACCUUAUAAUAUUUCAGAUUUAAAGAUCAUGGCUCCAUACCUCAGGCGUAUGAGAAAGACCAGUAUAUCACAGUAUAUUAUAGAAAUAUAGGUCUGAAGUAGCACCUCCUGUUGUAUUUUAUUCAUGUUGAUUUUCAUCAUGACUGAAUUUGAAACUAAUAUUUUCACACAUUUCGCUCAGCUUGGAGUUGAAGCUUUUCUGUGACAAUAGUAGCUUUUUUAUGCAGAGAGUUUGUUGUCUUGAUCAAACACCUAAAACAUUGCAAUCUCUGCAACAGAGCCUGCUGUAUAUACUGUUUGUCCCACUUUUUUUAAUAAUUUUUCACUGUGGCUUGCU